AUGAGCUCCAGCCUUGUCAACUCUUUGGCCAAAGUCUAUGAUCCGAAUCCUCUUCAUGGCCAGAAGACUGGUGGAAGAAAGCUCUCACUCAAUGGAUCAGACAAAUCCCAAGCUUCUUCAUCAUCACCUUCCUCCCCUCAUGAUGCCGCCCUGCACUGCGUGGAGAGCCGAAUGGACUCACUGAGCUCCCAGAUGGAGCGCUUGCUCAGCAUGCAGCAGACCGUCUUGAUCCGGCUAGAUGGCCUGUCCCUGGACGUCAGGGGCCUCGGUCGGGACUUAGCAUCGAUGCAUGAAGAGGGCCGUGGGGGGAGACGCAGGUCCGGGGUUCAGGCGACAUGCAGAGAGCUGCAUGGGGCCGUUGAGAGGGCCGGUGAGCAGAUGGAGAGUCAGGGACGAAGGCUGGACGGGGUGGAGAGGCUGGUGGAGGGCACCCAGCAGGUGAUCAGCUUCAUUGGGGAGGUGGUGAAGAGCUCCAGGCUGGUGGAGCUGCUGUUCAAACAGCCCGGAAAGAAGGCUCACAAGAAGGCAAAGGAUGACAAGGAUAAAGCCAAACUGAACCUGAAGGGCUUGAAGGUCCAGAAGAAGAGGAGACCUGCGGACACGUUAGACACAUCUGCGCUGACUGAGCCUGUGCUGCAGGAGCAGGUGGAAAAGCUCAACAGGCAGAACACUGAGCAUUCCCAUGGAAGGGCAGAGGCUGACAAUCAGGAGGGGGAGGACAGGGGAAGUGGGGGAAGAAGACAGGAGUCUGCAGAGCUGAUUCUGGACGGACCACACACCACUGCCGCCCAGUCAGAGGACAGGAAGAAGGCAUCCAAGGAGAUAGAGGAGGGAGCGGAGAAGGGGGUCUUUGAUGACUCAGAGACAGAGGAAGAGGAGGAAAAGGCAGAAGAAAAGGGUGGAAAAGUGGAGGAUGAUGGGAAGAGAAAGCAUAAAGGGAAGGCAGAAGAUUCUUCAAAAUCGGAAAAGGACCCAAGUGUCAUCGCAGAUAUCUGCGAGACCUCUCUCCUACCACAGGAGAGCUCUGAGGAAGGCGGCGAUGUGGCCACUUGCAGCAAACGUCGUGUCACAGAAGAGGACCUGGUGAAGGACGACCUCAAAAAAAGCAGAGUAGAAGACAGUGAAGUGGAAAAUGCUGAUGGGCAGGUGGUUGAGGGGGACGAGCCUCAGGCCUCCGAAUCUGACGAAGUAAAGACAGAGGUGGACGAGGAGGGAGAGGAGGGAGAGUCAUCAACCAAGGAAUUUGUCAUUGAGUCAAGCCCUCCACCGUUAGCACCUUUUGACCAUCGCAUCGUGACUCCCAAACCCCAUCAGAUAGCCACCUAUUACACCAUCAACAGAGACGAGGUCCUUGGAGGGGGACGUUUUGGACAAGUCCACAAGUGCAUAGAGAACUCGUCUGGGUUAAUGUUGGCCGCCAAGAUCAUCAAAGCCAGGAGCCAGAAAGAGAAGGACGUGGUGAGGAAUGAGAUCCAGGUGAUGAACCAAUUGAACCACGCCAACCUCAUCCAGCUGUACGCUGCCUUUGAGUCGCGCCAUGACAUCAUCCUGGUCAUGGAAUACGUGGAGGGAGGGGAGCUGUUUGACCGCAUCAUUGAUGAGAACUACAACCUGACGGAGCUGGACACAGUGCUGUUUAUACGCCAGAUCUGUGAGGGGCUGCAGUACAUGCAUAAGAUGUACAUCCUGCAUCUUGACCUCAAGCCUGAGAACAUUCUUUGUGUCAGCAGAGCUACUAACAAGAUUAAAAUCAUUGACUUUGGCCUGGCCAGGAGGUAUAAACCCAGGGAGAAGCUGAGGGUCAACUUUGGAACACCUGAAUUUUUGGCCCCUGAAGUCAUCAACUAUGAGUUUGUUUCAUUCCCUACGGACAUGUGGAGCCUUGGCGUCAUCACUUAUAUGCUGCUCAGUGGCUUGUCUCCGUUUCUGGGGGAUGAUGACAACGAGACAUUGAACAACAUCCUGGCCUGUCAGUGGAACUUUGAGGAGGAGGAGUUUACGGACAUCUCCGACGAGGCCAAAGACUUCAUCACCCUUCUGCUGGUGAAGAGCAAGAGCUGGAGGAUGAGCGCCGCAGAGUCCCUCAGGCACCCCUGGCUGUCAGACCGGAGUCUGCACUAUCGACUAAAUCAGAAGAAAAACAAGUGCCACUCCACACAUGCUCCAUCUCCAGAGAGCCAGACAGAAACACUGUGAGGCCCUCAGCAUGCCUUCUGACAAUGUAGGGCCCUGGAGCUCAACACUGGACCAAUGCUGCUGUACCCGUAUGGCUACUGGAUAACUACUCUCGCAUCCUUCUGUUAGCUUAGCUUCGCAGCUUGUAGUCCUGAUGUCCGCAGGAGAAGAACAGACUUUUUGAACGCUGAUGUUGAGUCAUGAACUAUCUGCUAGCAUGCUUACUAGCGUGCUUACUGCAGAGCACAAAACUUCCUACUGAACCAGAGUGGACUCGCUCGCUUCAUGGUGGUGUGUAGAAUGACCUGUAUCGCAACAGUGAAUCCAAAAUAUUAGAGACUAAAGACCUGGGUUGAUUGUCACUUCUACAACUUCCACAUGUAGUGGAAAGGUAACACUGAAAAUCAGCAGUUUAGCAUCAAACAGACACUGUAAUUAUCCCUACGACAGUUAGCAGUUUGUCAAGUUGUCCUGGUUUGUUGCAUGCUUUGCACUUUUUGUCCUAUUUCUACGAGAUUUAGCAAACAACUCUAAGUAAAAUAUAGACCGAAAGCUUUUAUUCAGUUAAUAUAUUUUUGUGAAUACAGAUUUAUUUUCUUUCUUUUUAUUUACAAGUCUUAUGAAUUGUUAUUCUUUCUUGGUAAAGUUAAAAAUACAUUUAGAACUUGGUUGAAGUUGAAGACACACCACAUUAAUUUAUUUUGUACAGUAUAUAACACAGCACCUCAUACUCUCAUUCCCCUGAAAAGUGAGGAAAUCUCAAUGACUGAAUACUUCCUGGUUCGAGCCAUAUUCAGCCCACAUUUCUGGUACAUUUUCACUUUAGACCGGAUUGCCUUCUGUAUGUGCUCAUGCCACUCGCUCGCCUUCGCUUCGGCAGUUUGCAGUAGCCCUCUCACCUUCCAUGAAGGCGUAACGAACAACAGAAUACUACCUAUGAAUGAUUCACGUUUAUGACUGAAGUGGAUUCUUAUGUUCAUUUAUUUACUGGUUCAGCACCAGACUGUACUUGAAGUGCAAAGCUUUUAUAUUCAAGAUGGGAUUUCGUUCAGGGGAGACAAACAGG